AUGGCUGACAAAAAUAAGGACUCGAUAAAGGAAUUCAAUAAGAAGGCAUAUAAACUAAUAGAUGAACUACAAGAAUAUAUAAAAGUGCAUAAUAACGGAAGAAUGUCUACAUCGGAUCAUAAUAAUAUGAUAGUUGAGAAAAUGGUAGCAAUUAUUACGUUGGCAGAGAUUACAAUAAGAGCAAACUGUAUGAGGAUAGCGAAACAGGAGCAAAGUUUAUUGGGGAUAUAUAAACAGGAAAUAAAAGAGAUAAUUCAGGAAAAUAGUGAAAAGACAUUUAAAGCAGUGAAUGAAUUAAAGGAGGACAUUGAGGAAUUGAAAAGAAUGAAGGGGAAGGGGGAGGAAGCAGAAGAAGACAAAACAGAGAUAAAAAAGGUACUGGAGGAACUGGUGAAAGAGAACACGGAAAAAACGAUGGAAGCAAUUAAAACAGUAAAAGGUGAUAUUUCUGAAUUACAUAAGAAUUUUACUAACCCGCCCAGUACACAAAAACAACAAAUCAGCUACAGUGAGGUCCUAAAGUUGGGAAAGAAACAGAGUGAAAUUGAACUACCCACCCCCACACCAAGCUAUACGGUGCUUGUGUAUAGUAAAGAUGAGAAAAAUUCGUCUGAACAAACCAGAGAAAUUUUAAAGAAAAAUAUAGACCCGACGAACUUAAGACUAGGAGUGAAGAGAAUAAGGAAGCUUCAAAAGGGAGGUAUAGCGGUAGAUGUUAGUAAUACAGAGGAAAUGUUAUCUCUAGAAGAUGAAAUAAAAAGAGUGAAAGAACUUAAAACAAGGGUUAAAACUAAGAAGCUACCUUUAGUAAAAUUGGUGUCGGUACCAACAGUAGUGGCAAAAGAGGACAUUAUAAGUAAACUCUAUGAGCAAAACUCCUGUUUCACAGAGAAUAUAUCACCGGAAAUUUUGGAAGAGGGCAUCAAUAUCAAAUAUUCUAUUCCACAUCGAAAUCCAGAGUAUAGGACUUGGAUUAUGGAGGUCUCCGUUAUGAUUCGGGAGAUGAUGAUCAAGGAGGAAAUUCUGAAUAUAGAAUGGACGAGAUGUCCAGUGUUCGAUCAUAUAGCAAUAAAUCGCUGCUUCAGAUGCCUUGCAUUUGGGCAUUAUGGGAAAGAGUGUUCACAAAAAGACCUAAUCUGCAGUCACUGCGGUGAAUCUCACGUUUACAAGGACUGCCAUAGGAAACAAGAAACCGCCAAGUGCUCGAACUGCUCAAAAGCGAAAAUGAACAAUACAGAGCAUAAUACUAUGGACAAAGCUUGUCCACUCUAUUUAAAAGAACUUCAAAAAUACACAGGUUUAAGUUUAAACUAA